AUGGUUGAAUCAGAACAACAAGCUAAUAAUUUAUCUAAAAUUAAAGAAUUGGAUUAUCAACUUGAUAAUUUACUUGAAAUUGAAGAAUUAAAACAUAAUUUAUUAGAAAUUAAAGAAAUAGAACACAAUUUAUCGGAAAUUGAAGAAUUGGAAUAUGAAACUAAUAAUACAUCAGAAAUUGAAGAAUUAAAAAACCAAGCAAGGAAUUUAUUCAUCAAUUUCUUGAAAGAAAUAAAAGAAGAUUAUGAAAAACAGGAUCCUUAA